GCCUUGCUUUUUGAAUUGAGCUCUAACAGCAGGCUGACAACUUCUCUGCUCUACCAUGAACUAAUUAGCUGUCAACAAACUAAAGCAGCUGCAUUUCGACAACUAUUUCCUCACCUAAAGGGCAACAUGCACAGAUAACAGACUUCAGAUUUAACGGAGAGACGUUACAGAUUUUUUGAAGAGUCGUUUUGGACCGAAGAGGAAUUCCCAGGAGUUGUAUUGUUGACUUACUAGCUCGGUAGCUAGCUAAGUUAGCUCGAUAGCUUAUUGAAUUGAACUGGUUCAGCCAGUUUAGCCCCUAUUUUUUCUUAUUUUUAUUUUUCUCUAAGGUAGCAGUCACCGAAACAGUUGUUUGGACAGUUUAGUGCCUCCUGAAGUUCCUGCCAUGGCUGACAGCAGCAUACUGACUUUAGGGACGGCUCGAAGUCUGCUGGUGGAUUCUUCUGUCUAUGAUUCAAGGAUCGCCGAAACCACGAAGGACCAUGUAUUUCUGGGCCUGGCAUGUGAAGAUGAGGAAGAUAUGCUGCCAAAAGUGGAGACGAGGGUUGUUCUGGUGGGAGAAGCGGGCAGAAAUGGAGCGCUGGUCAAAGCACUGCAGGCCAUCAGAGUAAUGGAGGUACCGGUGGUAAAGAUAAGAGAAGGCGAGGCGGGUGCCGAGGAGAAAAUUAUGAUAAAAUCUAUAGUCAAUAUGGACAUCAACACGCCGUGCAUAAUCACAGACAACGUACAGGAGUUUGGAGACGGAGAGAACACUGAUUUCGAGACGGUGUUCGUCCUCACAGACUUUGAUUCUCCCGACUACAGCUACCUCUACAAACGCGACAACCGCAUUAUUGGGCCUCCCGUUGUGCUGCACUGUGCUGCGAAGGAGGAACCUCUACAGUUCUCAUGCCGUCCUCUCUACUGCACCACAAUGCUUAACCUGUCGCUGUGUUUCACCGGCUUCAGGAACAAAGAGGAAAUGAAGAACUUGGUGAAUCUGGUUCAUCACAUGGGUGGGACCAUCCGGAAAGACUUCAGCACCAAGGUUACUCAUCUCAUCGCCUACUCUACUCAUGGAGAGAAAUACAGGCUGGCAGUGUGCAUGGGGACGCCCAUCCUCACUCCAUCAUGGAUUCACAAGGCCUGGGAGAGAAGAGACGAUGUGUGCUUCCAUGCAGGAGAAGAGGAGUUUCGAACAGAGUUCAAAGUGCCUCCAUUCCAGGACUGCAUCCUGAGUUUUUUGGGUUUCUCAGCUGAAGAGAAGGCCAACAUGGAGGAGAGGACUCUCAAACAUGGUGGCAGUUAUCUUGAGGUUGGAAAUGAGAGGUGUACACACAUGGUGAUAGAGGAAAACUCAGUAAAGGAGCUACCAUUUUCUCCCUCCAAGAAACUCUUUGCAGUCAAACAGGAGUGGUUCUGGGGAAGCAUUCAGAUGGACGCUCGGGCUGGAGAGUCUAUGUACCUCUACGAGAAGAAUGACAGCCCAGCCAUGAAGAAGGCGGUGUCCCUCCUGUCACUCACCACCCCCAACAGUAACCGCAAGCGUCGGCGUCUGAGGGACACGCUCGCUCAGCUCACCAAGGAGACGGAGAUCUCCCCAUUCCCUCCGCCACGCAAGAGGCCAUCGGCAGAGCACAACCUGUCCAUAGGUUCGCUGCUGGACAUCUCUAACACCCCUGAGACGUGCAAGGCCUUGGCAGAAGACAGAGUAGGGAACAGUUCAGAGAGCAAAGGAGGCGAUACUGUGACCAGGAAUAGGAUAAGAAGAAGGAAAACCAGGGAAAGGAGGAUUAGGACAGACAGGGAAGAGAGGAGGAAAAGGUCCUACCAGAGUACAAAUCCCUUUCAGCAACCAGAGGAGGAGCAGCAGCCAGGAACUUCUGCAGAGAGUUCGAAGCCAUCCAAAAGUUCGACUCCGGUUCUGUCCAAGCAGUCAGCCAGGUGGCAGGUCUCCAAGGAGCUCUACCAGACUGAGAGCAACUAUGUAGACAUUUUAAGCACCAUCCUACAGCUUUUCAAGCUUCCAUUGGAAAAAGAGGGGCAGGUGGGCGGACCCAUCCUAGCCCAGGAAGAAAUGAAAACGAUAUUUGGCAGCAUCCCAGACAUCUACGAAGUCCACACCAGAAUAAAGAGUGACCUUGAAGAUCUCCUUUCAGACUGGUCAGAGGAUAAGAGUGUAGGAGACAUCAUACUCAAAUAUUCUAAAGAGCUGGUGAAGGCCUACCCACCCUUUGUCAACUUCUUUGAAAUGAGCAAGGAAACUAUUGUUCGGUGUGAGAAACAAAAGCCACGCUUCCAUGCUUUUCUCAAGAUCAACCAGGCCAAGCCAGAGUGCGGCAGGCAGACGCUGGUGGAGCUGCUAAUCCGACCUGUACAGAGAUUGCCUAGUGUGGCCCUUCUUCUAAACGACAUAAAGAAGCAUACGUCAGAUGACAACCCAGACAAGAUAAAACUGGAGAAAGCUAUUGAGUCUCUGAAAGAGGUUAUGACUCACAUCAACGAGGACAAGAGGAAGACCGAGGGCCAGAAGCAGAUCUUUGAUGUUGUUUAUGAAGUUGAUGGCUGUCCUGCCAACUUGCUGUCCUCCCAUCGCAGCCUGGUUUACAGAGUAGAAACUAUUGCCCUGGGAGACCAGCCAUGUGAUCGCGGAGAACAUGUCACACUCUUCCUCUUCAAUGACUGCCUUGAGAUUGCAAGGAAGCGACACAAGGUGAUCAAUACAUUUAAGAGUCCACUUGGACAGACGAGACCCCCGCCCCCGCUCAAACACAUCGCACUGAUGCCGCUGUCCCAGAUUCGAAGAGUGCUGGACCUGCAGGACUCAGAGGAAUGUGCGAACGCAUUUGCCUUGGUGGUUCGCCCCCCAACUGAACAGGAGAACUUGUUGUUCAGCUUCCAACUGGUGGGAGAGGAAACAGUUAAAAGCACCUGGCUACGAUCACUUUGCCGCCACGUCGCCAACACCAUCUGCAGGGCUGAUGCGGAGGACCUGAUUCAGUGUACAGACCCGGACUCACUGCAGGUCAGCACCAAGGAUAUGGACAGCACCCUGAGCAAAGCCUCCAGGGCCAUCAAGAAGACUUCUAAAAAGGUGACGAGGGCUUUUUCUUUCACCAAGACCCCGAAGCGCGUGAUCCAGAGGGCGUUCAUGGCCAGCGGUACUCCGGAUGAGAAGAGCCAGAGGCUGAGUUGUGAGAACCGCAUCGGCAGCAGCUCCACGUUGGCUAUGUCUCGCUCUGCCUCCACGUUCAGUUUGAGUGAUUCUGCCAAGUGCAGUGCCGUGGUGCAGCGGUCUAACUCUCUGGACCAUCCUCCUGUCAGAGCCAGGGUCCCUGUCUGUGCACACCAUUCCCCAUCCAUGGUCAAUCUGCCUUCCAUGUUUGAGAGGAAGUACCACACAUUCAGUCGCUCGACCACCCACCUCUUCUGAGACACUGCUGCUUGGGAGGACCCACUGAGUUGACCCAUCUUUCCACCUCUUUUGCCUCGGCUGCCGCUAACAGCAAGAUCUGACCCAAAAGGUGAAUGUGUAUAAAGUUGAAGCUACCUAUGGCAAACUAGUAUUUGUCCAUACUGGAGCUCUGCACAGACUUUCCAAACCCAGAAGAAAUGGAAUUUUGACACAUUUUGAAACGAAGCACUGUAGUUAAGGACAUACUUCAAUCUGAUAUGUGGCAGUACCAGAAUUGUCCAGCUACUCUUCGACUGCUUACUAGCUGUCACUUGGGCCAAGUUGGUUUAAAACAAUAAACCAAUUGUUCAUCAACCUGAUGCCUACCAUGUGAUCUAUUCAGCUCAAAUGUCUGUGUUGCUGACAACUUGCAAGAAACAUAUAAUACCUAUAAUAACUGGAACGGUACUGCGCCAUGCUAGGGGCUACAGGUGUGUGAUUACCACUGGUUCUGGUGAGGUUUGCCUUACCCUUAAAAAAAAAAAAAUGAAGGAUGCUCUGCUUUUUGUCUGCAAUUGUUAAUGGAUUAUCUUGACAUAAUAGUUGUUGGUUUUUUUUGUUAACAUACUUUACCACACUUGUUACUUUUUGUGUUUAUAUAUUGCCCAUUCAGUUUCCUGGUUGGUUCCUGUUGUUGGUAUUGUUCAGUGAAGUGUAACACUAAUUUUAGACCAAGUUAACAUCAUGUCUGUACUCUGGUUAAAAUGGGGACUUCAUGCUGUCCCCAAAUGUCCCAGGAUGCCAGUUUUAUUUCUAAUUUUAGAUGUUGAGGUAUUUCUAUUUAACAAAUGCAGGUUGUUAAGAUGUUUGUGUGUUUUAUGUACUAGUUAAAGUUACCAGGUUGACCUCUUGACCCUUUCUGUGUUGUGGCUUUUUUUUUUUUUUUUUUUUUUUAACUCUGUGAGAGAUCCUUUUAUAUUAACUGACAUUUAAUAUUUUAUUGUAGUGGAGUACACUUAAUUUCACCUGAUUAUAAAAAUAAUAUUACUUAUAAUUAAACCACGUUCAAAAUGUAAACUUGUGAUAGCUUCCAGCUUUUAUAAAGCUUCUAUUUUAACAUUUAAGAGAUUCGGUUGAGAAGAAUAAAACCCUGAUGCUCUUCUUCCCUGUCCACAUUUUAAAAUCUCUUUUUACUGUCUGUGUGUAUGUUUAAGAAGGGAUGCUGCAUCAGUGUACAUAUUUAUCCUUGAUGAACACAUUUUAUACAUGUUUUCAUUUUUCUCUUGCUAUUUAUAUUUUCUCCACUAUUCUGUCACUUCUCUAAUGCUGUUUUCGUUGAGUUUAAAUCGCCUCCUGUUGUUUCAUCUCUGUAUUAAAUGCACUUAAACAUGUA